AUGCUCCUCCUUGGUCUAACAGGCAGCAUUGCCACCGGCAAGUCAACUGUCUCGAGAAUACUUUCGGCACACCCAUAUUCGCUCCCAGUCGUCGACGCGGAUUUGAUAGCACGUCAGGUCGUCGAACCAGGAACAGCCGGCUAUAGCAAAAUCGUCUCACAUUUCGGCCCAUCAACACCCGACCUCCUACUUCCAGCAGAUUGCUCUACAGGUGGUGAGAAUGGACCCAACGGCAAAGGCAGACCGCUCAACCGGCCAGCCCUAGGACGUCGUGUAUUUGGUGAGGGUAAAGAGUCGGAUAGGAAGGUUCUCAACAGCAUCGUGCACCCAGCUGUCCGUCGCGAGAUGUAUAAGCAGAUGCUCCAAGCAUACUUGAAAGGCCACUGGGCUUGCGUGUUGGACAUACCCUUGCUUUUUGAGAGUGGUUGGGAACCGCUUUGUGGAACCAUCAUGGUGGUCGCUGUCAAAGACGCUCAAAUCCAGAUGCAGAGACUGCUUGCUCGAGACGCACACUUGACCGAAGAGGAUGCACGAAACAGAGUCGCAAGUCAGUGGGACGUCAGGGACAAGGCCGCCAGAGCUCUGCGCAGGGGAGAGAAGAGCGGUGUUGUCGUCUGGAAUGACGGCGAUCAGGAAGAGCUGAAGCGCGAGAUUGAUAGAGUCAUGGAAGUCGUCAAGGCGGGCUCUCCGGCUUGGUGGUCAUGGUUGCUCUUGCUCUGCCCGCCCCUGGCUGUUGCUUCAGGAACAUGGAGCUACCUCAACGGCGUGUGGGUGAAGAAGAGCUGGGAGAAGGAAAAGCUGAGAGAAAAGGCAAAGCUGUGA